AGAAGGAUUAUGCUAAUGCUUUCGAUACACACGGAACUGUAUAGUUCAUUGGAUGCACGGUACAUAACAUUGAAGCUCAUGUCUGUUGUGCGGAAGGGCAUUCCCUGCCCAACAGGGGAUUCACUGGCGAAGUGAAUUUUACUCUUCAAGCGACAGUUAACGGGGGAGUCUGCGCAGUGGUCGCAGGUACAAGUGUCAGUGUUUCUGUGUGGACAAAAAUAUAAGCAGCACAAAGAUGGCGGCUUCCUUGCUCCGCAUAGGUCGAGUCGGGUCUCUCAAGUGUCUGCAGCUGGAGAGCUGGGGCGUUUUGAGGAGAGCCCCAGCCGCUGCCCUCUGUACCAAGGCUGAUGAGCCCAAGAAGCCGGUAAAAAAGGCCAAGGCUGCAAGUAAGUCUAUAGAGGCCCCAGAUGAGCGGGGCACCCUGCUGGCCUACAAGACCACAGUGGCCUUUCCCACUAAGCUUUGCACCCCAGGCCUCUCUCCCGAGCAGGCUGUAGUUGAUGUUGACCCAGGUGCAAGCCCCCUUGCUGCAGCAGCGGCGGCAGCAGCAGCACCACCACUGCUUGAACAAUCAGCUUCCACUGCUCUGGAAGAGCCCAGCCAUACUCAAGCACAAGUGGACCACGCCCCCUCUGAAGCAGUCGUAUCUGAAACAGUUAUUGCAGAAGCUCCCGCAGCUGAAGCAGUUAAAGCUGAUGACCCCACAGUUGCUACAGAAGCCCCUGCAGCUGAAGCAGUUACAGCAGCCCCUUCAUCAGAAGCAGUCAUAGAUGAAAUGGUUGCAGCUGAAGUAGUUGCUGAAGCAGCCCCUGCAGCGGAAGCAGUCCUAGCCGAAAGUGUUGCAGCUGAAGCCCCUGCAGCUGAAGCAGUUGCUGAAGCAGCCCCUGCAGCGGAAGAAGUAUUUGCUGAAAGGGUUGCAGCUGAAGCAGUUGCUGAAGAAGCUCCUGUAGCUGAAGCAGUUGCUGAAGCAGCCCCUGCAGCGGAAGCAGUCAUUGCCGAAAGUGUUGCAGCUGAAGCAGUUGCUGAAGAAGCUUCUGCAGCUGAAGCAGUUGCUGAAGCAGCCCCUGCAGCGGAAGCAGUCAUUGCCGAAAGUGUUGCAGCUGAAGCAGUUGCUGAAGAAGCCCCUGCAGCGGAAGCAGUCAUUGCCGAAACUGUUGCAGCUGAAGCCCCUGCAGCUGAUGCAGUCGUUGAAGAAGCAGUAAUUGCAGAAGCCCCCACAGCUGAAGCAGUUGUUGAAGAAGCAGUAAUUGCAGAAGCCCAUUCAGCUGAAGCCGUUGCACCAGAAGCUGUUGUCACAGAAGCAGUUGCAGCUGAUGGAGUCGCAGCUGAAAUGGUUGCUGCAGAAGCCUCUGCAGCUGAAGCAGUCGUAGCUGAAGUAGUGGCUUCAGAAGUUCCUGCAGCUGAAGCAGUCGUUGAAAAAGCUGUCACAGCUGAUGCCCCUCCAGCUGAACCAGUCAUAGUGGAAGAGGUUUUGGGAGAAGCCCCUGAGGCUGAAGCAAUUGUCACAGCUUCUGCUAGCAGUUCUGGACCUCCUGCAGAUGGAGCAUCUUCUUCCUCCUCCAGUGACUCGGACUCGGAUUCAGACUCUGACUCAGAUUCCGAGGAUGAGAAGGCAGGACCGAAGCUGAUGGCUGACGCCCAUAUGGAGACAGCGACUAAGUCAGAGAAGGAACCUCUGAUCCUGGCAGCAGUGGAGCUGGAGGACCAGGCCAGCAGGCCACGGGACGAGGGUGAAGUGGUUUCAGAUCCGGCUUCUACAGCCACCCCAGAAGCUGGCCCAGCAGAUGCCGUGGAGGUGCUGCCUGAAGCUGCACCAGAAGUCUCCGUUUCUGAAGUCCCCCAUGUCGACACUCCUGAAGUCGUACUAGCAGGCAGCCCAGAAGCCAUUGACGUUCCUUCAGAAGCCAGUGUGCCAGACGUUCCUGCUGAUGCUGCUGAGUUGGAUGCCCCCUCUGUAGUGAGUUCUGAGGACCUAGUUGACCCUGCGCCUGUGCUAUCGACCGCCCCUGAAGCGGAUACGCCUGCUGAUGCAGUCUCUGAAGAGCUGGUUGACCCUGCCCUUGUUCAUGCGGUUGUUGAAGCUGUGCCUGAAGCAGUCCUAGAAGAUGCUGCUGUCAAGCCAGUAGUCGUUGCCGCCGAGCCGGAAGCCAUUGCCGCCGAGCCGGAAGCCGUUGCCGCCGAGCCGGAAGCCGUUGCCGCCGAGCUGGAAGCUGUUGCCACCGAGCCAGAAUUUAGUGUGGAUGAAGCUAUGCCAGAAGCUCCCACCGAAGUUGUUUCUGCAGCAGAACUUACCUCACCAGAAGCUGUCGCCGACAUUGCUGUUGCCGAAGCCACCCCUGUAGAAACAGAACCCACCAUAGAAGUUGCGGAAGCUGCUGCUGCGGAAGCCGUAGCGGCUUCAGAUGCCGUGAGCUCCGAGGAGCUGGUUGAUGCUGCUCCUUUACUAGCUGAAGCUGCAGGAGAAGAGCUUCCUACAGAGAUUCCUGCUGAAGCUGUGGAGUCGCCUGAGGAAGCUGCCACAGCUGCUGCCCCUCCAGAACCAGAACCAGAACCAGAGCCUGAGCCCUUUGACAACAGCACUUAUAAGAACCUACAGCACCACCACUAUCACAUGUACACCUUUGUGGACAUGGACGUGGAGAUGGCCAAAUAUAGGCUACCCCAGCCCUCCUCUGGACGCCCCUCCCCUCGGCAUUGAGUUCCCCAGCCUGGAGCCAAAACCUAGACACCCCCACCCUCGUCUGUGUGUCCUUUAAUGAAUGUCCCUGUUUAUCCAUGCAUUUCCGAACGUAAUUCUGAUAAUAAAAUACAAGAGUACUUCAUUGAAGCUAA